UUAAUGUCAUUGUGCAGUCCGUAUUUUCGAGCUCUUUUCACUUCAAGAAUCAACGGGCAUCAGCCUAGUAGAGAGUACACAAUUCCAGGAAUCAGCACGGAUAUGUUAUCACUUGUCAUCGACUUCACAUACACAGGCAAAACAGGAGUUACGGAGGAAAACGUCACAAGCUUACUUCCGACAGCGGAUCAGUUCUGCGUUGCGAGAAUGGUACAAGAUUGCGCCAAUUUUUUGAUCGAGAAAAUGAACUCGGAGAAUUGCAUCGGAAUCAGACAACUUGCGAGGAAUUAUUUUGUGCUUGAGUUGGAUAAGGCAGCACAUAAAUACCUGAUAAGUAAUUUUGAAGAAAUAGUUGAUCAAAGUGAGGAGUUUUUGGAGUUGUCUCUGGAAGAUGUUAUGGAUCUAUUGAAUUCUGAUAGGAUCAACGUGCGGAAGGAAGAAAGAGUCUGGGAAGCCGGUAUCAAAUGGAUAGAUCACAGGCCAGAUGAGAGGAAACAAUACAUAGAUUCCAUUCUGAGAUGCAUUCGCCUGGGUCUACUUGACAGACAGUAUUUCAUAGAAAAUAUUCAUGUUCAUCCAUAUCUCGAAAACAACGAAGCGUGUAAGGACAUAGUGAGGGAAACAUUGGAAUUUUGGUGUGAUUUCGAUACAAUCAUCCAAAAGGAGGAUGAAGUGCGGAUGCCAUUUCUUGCAACUCCUAGAAUACCUCAUUCGAUCCUUUUUGCAUUUGGGGGAUGGAGUGGAGGAUCUCCGACUAAUUUAAUUGAAACAUUCGACACGAAAGCGGACAGAUGGAUAAAUAUAGAAGAGGUCGAUCCGGUUGGUCCCCGGGCUUACCACAAGCUGGCUGUGAUAGGAACUGACAUCUAUAUAAUUGGUGGCUUCAAUGGGAACCAAUAUUUUAACAGCUGCCGUCGAUUUAAUGCUGUAACGAGAGAGUGGAAAGAAGUAGCACCAAUGCAUACAAAAAGGUGUUACGUGAGCGUUGCUUGUUUGAAUAACAUAAUAUAUGCACUAGGAGGCUAUGAUGGUUAUUAUCGACAAAAUAGUGCGGAGCGAUAUAGUUCUGAAACAAAUCAAUGGACGUUUAUCGCACCCAUGAAUCUUCAGCGAAGUGAUGCCAGUGCUACAACAUUAAACGGCCUUAUUUACAUCGUUGGAGGCUUCAAUGGCAUCGAGUGCUUGUCGACGGCCGAGUAUUAUUGCCCGAUGUUUAAUCAAUGGACACUGGUAACAGGGAUGAAUCAGAGAAGGUCAGGAGUGUCAAUAAUAGCUCACCAUGGACAUAUAUAUGUAUUAGGUGGAUUCAACGGUGAAUCACGACAUCUAAAUGGAGAAAAGUAUAAUCCCACAACGAACGAGUGGAGCCCAAUUCCUGAUAUGUUAAAAGCAAGGAGCAAUUUUGCCAUAGAAGUAACUGAUGAUAAAAUCUUCGUAAUUGGUGGAUUUAAUGGCCUGUCCACCAUAGGCAAUGUCGAAUGCUACGAUGAUCGCGAAGAACUGUGGUGUCCAGCUACAACAAUGUGUGCUUUCCGAUCAGCCUUGGCCGCCUGUGUUAUAUCCGGUCUACCAAAUGUCGACGAUUACAUAUACAAACAAAGAUGGAAUUUGUUGGAAGAGAGGCGCCAAAAGCUGUUACAACAGCAAGCCAUCAACACAGCCAUGGCACGCCAACUUGCAUUUCUUAGCGAUGAAGAAUCUGCGGAGGAUGAAGAAAACAUGGAAUAGACUACUGUAAAUAGGCAAGCAUUUAAAAUGUCUCUUAAAAUUAAGCUUUCUGUUUUUCAAUAUAGUUAGGAUAUUGAAAAUGGAAUAUUAAAAAUCCAAUUUGCCAUACCAAUUUAUGUUUCGAAAAAAGGAGAAUACGACGCACGUCGAGAAAGGAGCAGAAUAGACUAGUUUAAUUAGUCAUUAGAAUUUUUCAAU